GCAAUGUAGCAAGAGCGGAAUAUCCCAAUUCGAGAGGCAGGAGGGGGGAGGAGGGGGAAACCAACGGCUCCGCGGCCCUUUGUACUAAACCUGCGACCGUUAGCGCUCGAGCGCGCAGUGCGAAGGACGAAGCGGAAGGCAGUGGAGGGCGUGUGGAGAAGAGUCCCAGAGCCUCGGGGGGGCAUCGGCGGUAACUUCUCGCUGGACACGUGAGAUCCUGAAACGGCGAGAGGAGGAGAGCGGCGCGCGGAGAACAGUGCAGGUAUGGCGGCGUUACCCAGAACCCUCGGGGAACUGCAGCUCUACCGCAUUCUGCAGAGGGCCAACCUGCUGUGCUACUACGACGCCUUCAUCCAGCAGGGCGGCGACGACGUGCAGCAGCUGUGCGAGGCCGGAGAGGACGAGUUCCUGGAGAUCAUGGCGCUGGUGGGCAUGGCCAGCAAGCCGCUGCACGUGCGGCGCCUGCAGAAGGCGCUCCGCGACUGGGUCACGAACCCGGCGCUCUUCAACCAGCCCCUAGCGUCGCUGCCCGUCUGCAGCAUCCCUGUGUACAAGCUGCCCGAGGGAUCCCCGCACGCCAAGGUGCCCAAAUGCGUGCCGGCCGCGUGCGCCGACCCCGGCAAGCCCGAUGCGGCCAACGCCAACGCGGCCACCGGCUCGCCCCUGCAGAGCGGCAGCGAGCCGCGCUUCUGGGCCGGCCACGGCGCCGAGAGCGAGCACAGCUUGUCCCCGGCCGAUCUGGGCUCGCCCUCGUCCCCGCGCGAGGGCCUCGAGGCUCUGGACGUGGCCGCCGUGCAGUCGGUGGCGGAGUGCGUGGAGCGCAUGGCCCAGGCCCUUCCGCGAAGCGACCCCGCCGAGGUCAAGGAGCAGCUCCGCAGCAACAAGAAGCUGGCCAAGAUGAUCAGCCACAUAUUCGACAUGAGCGACGAGGACCCCCGCAAGGAGGAGGAGGUCCGCAAAUACAGCGCCAUCUACGGGCGCUUUGACUCCAAGCGCAAGGAUGGAAAGCAUCUGACGCUGCACGAGCUGACGGUGAACGAGGCGGCGGCCCAGCUGUGCAUGCGGGACACGGCGUUGUUGACGCGCAGAGACGAGCUCUUUGGCCUGGCUCGCCAGAUCUCCCGUGAGGUCACCUAUAAGUACACGUACCGCACCAGCAAAUCUCGGUGCGGAGAAAGAGACGAGCCGUCCCCUAAGAGGAUAAAAACAGAGGAAGGGUGCUUUGACCUCCAGGAGGCGCUGCGGGCGAUCCACAUGCGGCAGGAGACGCUGAAGGAGCAGCUGGCGCUCGCCAAGUCCAAAGGAGAGGAGACGGCGGUGCGGAACAUCCAGGUGCAACUGGACCGCCUGCUGGCCAAGCAGAAGGAGAUCCUCCAGGAUGAGGUGGCCCAGGAGAGACUGCAGGCUCUGGACUGGAGAGUCCCAUCCGGGGCUUUCAGACACAGCGCUGAGCGACAGGGCAGCAACGGCCUUUCCGCCGACAAGACCGUCGAUCACCAAGUUGCAGAGCGGCCGUUGAACCUGCGCAUGCCGGGGCAGCGGGCGCCCCCCGCCGAAGGAGACACGCCCCUGGGGAAGCAGCUGGCCAGCGAGCUCAAGAGGCACCACUUGACCGGGGAGGCCAAGGUCGCGUCCGCAGAAAAUGGAAUUGGGACCGACUUCUCCCAGCAAGUUCUGAACCUCUCGGACAAGAAGACCAUCAAAUCGGAGCCGGAGGACUCCAGAUAGCGCCUCGGGCUGUGAAACCCCCCCACACCAUCACUCCGCCACACACAUACACGCACGCACGCACACACACACACACACACACAGCUCAGCCGUCUGUCAGUGGAAACUAAACAAGCCCAGCUGCAGCAGAGCCUUAACAACCAACGUUGCCUCGAGAAAGAAACGCGUUCCUUUGUGUCGUCUUUCGUGUUGCCGAAGCGCCUAAGACCUCCAGUCAGUGCUGGGGGAGACCCCUCUGUGUGCCCAGUGAUGGCGCGGCACCUCCUGAGUGCGACUGGCUAGGGCCACAGCGGUCUCUUUUUUGUACAUAUGUCAUUUCACUGAAAGCUGUUGUAUAUGAUCUUAUUUAAUGAUGUGCCGUGUAUAAAACUUAAAUAUUUGGACAACGUUCCUCCCCUGAAUUCCGGGGAUCGUCAGCGCUGCGUGUGCGUGAGCGCAUUCUCCUCACCCAGCGCUUCUCCACAUGCACAUGCGGGGACUGGAUUUGCUCCCAUUGGAUGAGAAGUGUAUGUGUUGCCAGUGCAGCGGAGGGCGGAUGGCAGAUGCUGAAGAUGGUGCGCCCUAAUGGCAGCAAGCGUGCUGUCGCGUACCAGGUCCUCGAACCUGCAGCGGCUCUUCGUCAUGCUGCCUGUUAACUGAUUCAAGAGAACACCUCGCAAAAACACCACCUUCUAUGACUUCUCAAGCUUUCCACGUCAGGAUGGAGCUGGACAGGCUGCAGGGGCCGAUGAACAGUAAUUCCCUUCUCUAAUUCAGGUCCGGCAGUGUACAGAAGAGUAAGCUUCAGCUUAGACUUCAGCCAUGAAGGAUAAGCGCAAGUCAUACUUUGUCUUGAUGUCAGCAUUCCUUUUCAGGAAGGAAUAGGUCUUAAUCUCACCUUAGAGAAAGCGAUUUUAAAAAAUCGCACAUUGUUGUACAAUUUUUUUUUUUUUUUUUUUUUAGGAGGGAAUAAAUCAUAAUCUGGUUUAUUAUGUACAUAGUCUGAAAAAUCACCUAAUGACUUGAUCCGUAAAGCAGGGUUUUGUUCUUGUGUCAUUCUGACGUGUACCUUACUGCAUCGAUUCCAGUACUAUGUUCCAGUUACUAGAGCAAUACCAAAUAGCUGUUGUUGGAAAAACCUAGUGAAAGUGUCUAGUUGUCGCAACCCCCUAGAUUGUUCAAACAACUAUAUUUCUAUGUUGACUAGUGUAGUCAUAGUUCUAGUUUGACUGAUUUCCAGUUUUACCUGUGACUGAUAUGCACCGUUUUUUGUUUUUCUUUUAAAUUCAAAAGCCAAUGUUCCUUUGCUGUUAGAAUAAGCAUAAAAGUAUUGUGUCUCGUGUGUUUCCGAUAAGCGAACUCAUCAAUGUUAGAACUGUUGUUGUAGUUUAUUGUGUGAUAUAUGCAUUACGUAGUCGUAGUCGAGGCAGUUUCAGCUCAAGGGUUAAAGUGGAGUGUGUUUUUGGGUUUCCCAAUUUCUGUACGUUCCCAUUCGGAUUCGCCUGGUUAUUGUGUGUUCGUCUAAAUGGCCGUCGAUGAUCUAUACCUCCUCGGUCAGCAACGCAGACUGUCUGUCCUGGACCACGUGAACGAGUCCCUUCGGAGUUCUUGUGGGGGGGAAAAAAUAAAGAGCGGUCGAGUCUGAUGUUACGUUCAAGCGGCAGACACUUCUUUUUUUGAGUAUGCAAAACUUUACACUUCUUAAGUGCCAUUGCGAUGGAGGGAAAUGCAGAGCAAGAAGCAACGCAAAGAACAUGACAGGAAGAGGCCAUCAUUAGAAAGUUUUAGAGGAAUGAUGUGGUGUCAUUCAGUCUGACGUUUAUCUUACCCUUUACGUUGUAUUUUUGUUGUUCCGAUUUUAGCCUAACCUCAAGUUUAAGCUUCUCAUCCCCUGCGGAGUAGGGGAUCCUUUGACAAAGGCAGAAUAACUUGUAUGAUACAAAUCCAACCUUGUAAUGAAACUUGAUUUCAGUGUUGUGCCUGACGUGUGACGGACUCAAAACGUAACGUUGUGUUUCACAAGCAACUCUCUUCUAAACGUACCGAUACGAACAAAGUUCUCCGGAUGUCCCGUUGAGAUAUGCGAAAGCAAGGGGAAUACUUUCAGAGAGUUUUAUUGGUAACCUUGGCUUUCUGUAUGAUGGUUAUGCCCUCGAGAUAAUCAUCAAGUGACAUGUAGCCUGUCAUAACUGAAAUGUCAUGAAGAGUGUGUAUUGUUGUGUAGGCUGACACAGGGUUUAACCGUUUUUAGUAAAACAUGCGGACUCAGCAAUAGCAGGUUUAUAGACUCGCCUGAAUGCACCACAAGCAAUACUGUACUAACAAGGAUGUUUUUGGGGCCCCUAAUUUCGUUGUCUUGGUUACUGUCCUUUUUAUGGCCUUUAUGUCAGCUUUUAAUUUUUUUUUUUUUUUUUUUGUCUUGCCUCGUAGUGUUCUCUGUCGGAGGGCCAUGCAUAUUGAACUAUGGGAUAAUACAGUGUUUCUUGUCAGUAGACUUUCUAUCUGUACCUAUCACUGUUGUCGUGAGUGAAAAACAAACUUGUUAGGUUAUGUACCUGUUGUUUUGUAAACACUAAUAUAUUUAAUUUGUUAUACAGCACACGGACAUUAAACUCUAUUUUUUUGA